AUGCAUUUCGUGCAGUUUCAGUUGCCGCGUGAGACAAGCGAAAACGUGCGGAGCAUCAUGAAAGGCUUUAAAGCAAAGGCACCGAGAAUACCGGGUGAAAUCAAGGGAAGGCUGAAGGUGAUAUUUUCGGUUUGGAAAUUUGGCGCAGGAGACUGGGAAGACCUGGUGGAAAACAUUAUUAUUCUUCUUGUUCAUUUUUUUUUCUGUGGAGCACCCCCAUCGUUGUUGGUCGUUGUCCAGAUGUCCGGAUGUAACACGCACGCACACGAGUUUCAAGUGGAUGUUGCAGCAAAUCGGCGAGUAGCUUCCAAUGCUACUCGCUGCAACUCGCCACUAGAUAUUUGCCAAAACAAAGCGCAGCGCCAGUGUUUCUGUACGCACCACCUGAGCUUGUAUAUAGUGCUCCGACGGAAUAGUCAAGGUAGAAGUUGGCAGGAAGAAGCCACGCCGGAGCUCCCUGAGGGGAAAAAAUCUUCGGAACGAGUCACACAUACGUUAGCGUCGGGCGUCAACGGGGGAACAGUGCUGGGGGACGCGACUACUUUGGGGCCCUCUUGUGCCUUGUCGAAUCCGUUAGGUUGGAUGCCAAUGUGGAUGGCGUCGGGGGGCUUUGUGGAAUCGGUUCCAGGGUCACAAAAGCUACGGACUCAAACCGCCACGGAAGGCGGAUCGGGAGAGUCCAAUUGGCAAUAA